CAGAGGACAGAACAGGGACAGAAAGCUACGAAGGUGUGAAGCCCCAGAAACCAGGGCCUCAAGCUCAGAAUGGCCAUGGGCCAGGUACCACAGAGGGCAUGAAACCUCCAAAGCCAGGGUUCAGCAAUGGGAAUGGAAUAGGAGCUGGGGCCUUCCCAGGAGCUGGAGCCCAGCCAGGUUUUGGAGAGGGCAGGAAACCCCAGAAGGCAGGAUAUGGGAACGGAAAUGGACUGGAUGCCCUGCCAGCCCAUGCUGCUCAAAACAGCUAUGGACAAGGUUAUGGACUGGACUCGAAGGUUCAUAAACCAGGAUUAUGGAAUGACCAUGGGCUUGGAAUCCAGCUGGGUCUGCAGGGGCAGGCCCAAAGGAGUCUCUAG